AUGGCGGCCGUAUCAGACCCUGAGAAGAACCCGGGCGAGCCCAAGGCACAGGACUAUGUCGGCGGUCUUUCUGCGACACCCUUUGUUAACGCCGACAAGCUGGCUCGCCGACUGUCUGCACGACAGGUGCAGAUGAUUGCGAUCGGCGGUACUAUCGGCACUGGCUUGUUCCUGGGGACCGGCACGUCUCUUACCAAGGGCGGGCCCGCGUCCACCCUCAUCGCCUACGCUAUCUGCGGUGGCAUUGUUUUCAUCACAAUGCUCAGCUUGGGUGAGAUGGCUGCCUUUGUGCCCGUUGCCGGGUCAUUUUGCACUUUUGCGGGGCGCUUUGUCGAUGAUGCAUUGGGCUUCGCGUUGACAUGGAAUUACUGGUUUAAUGAUGCUGUAUCUACGGCGUCCGAUAUUAUUGCUCUUCAGCUGCUGCUGGAGUUUUGGACAGAUAAUUUCCCGGGCUGGGCAAUUAGCUUGAUCUUCUUGAUUGUGGUAAUCGCGCUGAAUGUUCUUUCAGUCCGCGUCUAUGGCGAGGUUGAAUACUGGUUGAGCUUACUUAAAGUCAUCACAAUUGUGAUCUUUAUCAUUCUUGGCAUUGCUGUUAACUGUGGCGGGAACACUGAUCACGAAUACAUUGGCGGCAAAAAUUGGUAUAUCGGAGAUGCCCCCUUCGUCGGUGGCAUUGGUGGAUUUGCCUCUGUCUUCGUGACAGCCUCAUUUGCCUACGGUGGCACUGAGUCCAUCGCCAUCACUGCCGGUGAAACGAAAAACCCCGCUAAGAACCUGCCCAAGGUCGUGCGCAAUGUCUUCUGGCGUAUCGUGCUCUUCUACCUGCUCUCCAUCCUAAUCGUCGGCCUCAAUGUACCCUACAACUACCCGGGCCUCUCAGAUGGCAAUACUCGCACCAGCCCGUUCACCAUUGUCUUCCAACAGGCCGGCAGUAAGGCCGCUGGUAGCUUCAUCAACGCUGUCAUCAUGACUUCCGUCAUCUCUGCAGCCAACCACGCCCUCUUCGCUGGCUCCCGUCUGAUGUACACACUUGCGGUCGACGGUUAUGCGCCUCGAUGUUUCGGCCACUUGAACCGUUUCCACGUACCAUGGGUCGCUGUGUUGGCGACCUCUGUCAUCAGUGGACUGUGCUUCGGGGCUAGCUAUAUCGGCGCUGGCAAGCUGUGGUCGUGGCUGCAGAACAUCGUCGGGGUCUCUAACCAGCUAUCCUGGAUCUGUAUCGGCCUCGCUUCGCUCCGCUUCCGCGGCGCCAUUCGCGCGCAGGGUCUCGAGCACCUCCUCCCCUUUAAGAACUGGACGUAUCCUUACGGCCCGAUCUUUGCUGUCGGCCUGAACAUCGUCCUCGUCCUCGUCCAAGGAUGGAAAUGCUUCAGCCCGCACUUCAAAAGUGUCGACUUUGUAUCAUACUACAUUGAAAUCCCUAUCAUGAUUGUUAUGUUCCUGGCCUGGAAGCUGUUAAAGCGCACACGGUUCGUCCGAAAAUCCGAGAUGGACCUCUGCACAGAUCGGUAUGAUGGUGGCCAGGAGGAUGGUCUUUAUCGAGAGGACAUUGCCGAGGAGGAGACCCGACAAGGAAUCCUCCCGAAGGUGCAGCGCUUUGGCCAGUGGUUGUUCUUCUAA